UUAUUUAAGUUUGUGGUGGGGUUGUUGUUGUUCCAUACAAACGUUCUUCUAUACAAAAUACUUCUAGAUCUUUUUUCCGUUUCCAUUUGCAAGGGUACUUAUUUUAGGUGAGAAGAAAAGCAUUGACAAAAUUAUGUUUGGACUAUUAAUAUCAGGUAGAUUGCCUCAAACUGAUUUUACACCAGUUGACGAAAAUAAACUGCUUAUUAAUGUGCCGGAUAUUGAUCACGUUAACUACAUUGUGGUAUUUCUAACUGGUGUGCAGCCGUUACCAGAAGGCAUGUCGGCGGCGGUUUACUUUAGCUGGCCCGAUGCCAUUUCGGCACCCACCUGGCAAUAUUUAGGUCAUAUAUCGAAUGCUAAGCCAUCGGCUAUAUUUAAAAUCUCUCAACUAAAGAAAGCCCCCGAAUUAGAGGCUCAGGAGAAUGCCAUGGUUUUUGGAGCACAGGAGAUUUCACACAUUGCUCAGAUUGGAAUAUCGGUGGAACCGGAUAUUGCCAUAAGCCAAUUAACACCAGCUGUGUCUAACGCUAACGCCAAUUUGCAGUUUAGUCAAAAGAUGUUGGAGAAUUUCUAUAACUACGUUUCUAGUUUUAUUGUAAAUGUGAGUAAUGAAACUUUAGUGCCGCUAUCCACUCUGCAGAACUGGUAUACGAAUUUUCAAAGGCGUAUGGAACAAAAUCCUAACUUCUGGAAAUACUAAAACAAUCUAACAAAAAAUGAAUGCAUGGAAACCAUCAUAGAUUCUUAUUUUAAAGGGAUCUACGGCUUCCAUUAUACUUUUAAGUUCAGCCAAGUGUGGACAACUUUUGUCGUCGUUUUUCCUUUAUUCGCUCUGACUACAUUACCAUGCUUUAAAUAAAUAUUUUUUUAUAUCAAAAAAAAAAAGGCGCAAAUAAUUAUAUUCAAGUGGAAUAUAAAACAUGUACAUAAAAUUUUUCUCUCAACUACACAUAUAGGGCUGCUCUGGGAAUUUGAACAUAAUAUGUAAUUUUAAUAACCUAAUUACGAACUACACGGAUGGAGAGUUCGUUAACACCGCCACAUAAAAAAUCAGCAAACCCCUUAUAAAUACAUGCAUUAUAAUUGGCUGGCAUUAUGUGAAUUAAGGCUUGCUUUAUGGAUGGUAUUUUCGACCUGAUAAUGGAAAAUUUUCGAAAAAGAAUUUUCAGUUUUCUACUUUCAAGUUCUUUAAAGUUCAUCUUUGUUGUCUACAGAUUUUACAAGAAAAUACGGCAAAGUUAUACGUAAUAUACGUUGUAUCCUAUUUAAAGAGAACGACUUUGGUGGUGAGAGAACACUGGAUUUUAUUGAAUUUCGCUUAAAAUUUACGGACAACACAUCUGAAUCAAUAAAAUCUAAGUUCGAAAAUUAAAGAUAAAAUAUUUUAUAUACGAAAAGCAUAUGUGACGAGAUAACUAGGGAGUAUUAUGAUGUAAAUUUUGAUGAUUAAAUUAAAUGUUGUAACUUUCUUUGACCGCUGAUGGGAAAUGACAUAAUUUUGCUCCUCGACUAUAGUUUACUUACUAUAUUUUUAUAAAAUAAAUAAAUUAAAUUGCAUAUGUCCUUUUAUUUCAUUUAUUAAUCAUAUUAUCAAUUUUAUGAUUUGAACGCGAUUUUAGCUAAUGUAUUAA